CCUCUUGCACGUCCAGCUACCCGAUUCAACUCCUGCACUGCCAGAUCGACCAGUCCGUCGCCCUGCGCCGUCAUCUCGAGGAGAUCAUGUCGACCACCAACGCCUCAAGCACCGGCGGCUCCCCCUCCACCUCUUCCAAUCGCCGGCCUUCGGUCUUCUCCUCGCACAAAGACAUGUCCCUCGAUGACCUUACGCGCAGCAUCAGCAUCUCCAGCUCGGCGGCAGUCAACGGCUUCCGAGGUGGCAGCCCAAACCUAGAACACCCGCAUUGGCUCCAGAUGAGCAGUACGAACGGGAGUAGUGGACCAGAGGCUCAGGCGAGCAGCUCACGGGCUGAAGCGUCUAGCUCUGCACCACUGCCUUCUCCAGGCCUUGCUGAAGACUGCAAAGGCAAAGGCAAAGGCUCUGCUUCGAGCCCUGCAGCUCAGCCUGCAGCAGGCUCCUCCUCAUCACCCUUCUCCUCCCCAGGUCCCUCCGGUCUGCCUGCCCACGUCACCGCCCCCUCGAAGAAGCAUCGCUCCCCAAGCCACGGCAGCAUCGUCCGUCCCGGGGCUCCGACUUCAAUCAACCUCUCUGACCUCACAUCGGGCAAGGCCUCUUUCGGGGGCCAAUCACGCGCACACCGCCCACGCAAAUCGCAGAGCAGCAUCCUCGUUGCUGCGUCCGAAGGUGAACAAGGGGCGGGCAGCACCAGCAAGGGCGCCGCGAGAAAUAAGCCGCCAAGCUACGAGCAUGCCACCGGCCUGCCCAACGGUCACGACAGCAGCAGCAGCGGCGUUGUCGGCUUGGGAGAUGUCACAAGAACAGACACUCGGUCCGCGGUCCCGACUCCCGAGACGAGCCCGCAGCCUAGCAGGCGCACAAGUACCACUUCUCCUUCCGGUCACGCGAGGCAGAAUGGCUCGAGCAGCGCAUCUCAAGGAAAGGCCAAUUCUCGCCCUCAGCAUCAUUCACCCGCCCUCUCUUCGUCGUCCCCCACUCCCCAGGUGCAUCAGGGCAAGAUACGGCCCGAUCACACCACCUCUAGCAGCAGCUCCUCCUCUUCCUCCUUCCCUUCGCUCGCCGCUCUUACUGGUAAUGCAGGGGGAAGCGCAUUGCGUAACUUUAGGAUGAGGUUCGGAAGGUCGAGUGGUUCGAAGAGGGUCAACGAUGCGGAUGAGGAUGGAGCGUCUGGGUCUGGAUCUGCGCACACGCACGCGGGUGACGGUGACAAGAAGGAUGAAAAGGAGAGAAAGGGUACGAUGUGAAGUGGCGAAGCGCCAAAUGGUUUCUUGGAAAGAGGAACGCUUGGCAUCAGCAUACACGCACCAGCAUCGCCAGAGAACCGC